UGCUUUUUAAAAGUUUGUACACUUGAUUAGUUCUCUGUUGAAGACACUAUUUCUUUAAAAUGUUAAAGACAAGCCUGCCUAUGAAUGGGAAGCUUAUAAUAUAGGGAGGAGGAGAUUGCAGAAAGACUAAUUUAUACGCUGUAAAUUCCAGAUCAUGUAAAAAUCCCACUGUAGCUCUACUGGUGGGAAAAGCAACCGUGACUUGUCUUAGGAGACAUUCGCUAGGAACAGCCCCAAGACUGAACUAAUUCAUCAUGUUUUGUGAUAUAACAUAGCCCUGCCUUCUGUGUAAUCCAUUGGGCAACAGCUCCUGUGUUCCUUGCACAGAUCUCUCUCCUCAUUCAGUGCCGCUGAGCUGUUUCUAAGAAGAAAAUCCAAUUUAGAAAAAUACUCAUGAAGAAGACCUGGGAAGAAAAAACAUCAUGAAAAAAUUGCAAAGAAAAUGCAAUAGCAGGCAAGCAUUAGCUCCAUGAUACAAACAUCAGUCUCCCGACUGUAUAUUGUAUCUAUUUGGAGAUUUAUUAUCUAAAAGCAGAGCCUCAUUCCAGCUGAAAAAGAAAGAAAGGCAUUGCUUGAAGUCUCUAGAGCUACUUUAGUGGGACAAGAACAUUGUUUUCAGCCAGAGAAGCAGUGGUAGCUCUGAUCUAAAACACAUGGAGCUUAAAAAGUGCAUUUUUGUGAGCAAUAGUAGUGAAAAUGUUGAGCAUCUUCCAGUCCAACUGAAUUGCUGACAUUUAAACGGAAUGGAAAACUUACCUAAGAAGAGACUGACAACUCUGCCAUCAUUCUGCUGAGGCUGGUUGAAGUGGAUUUAAGUAUGUCUGGUACUCCGUUUUCUCUUUCUUUUUCAGGUGGUGGUUUUCUUGCCAUUUAUGAAAUAGGUGUAAUCCAGGGUUUGUUGGAACAAGCACCAGAAAUUUUGAGAUCUGCACCAAAGGUAUAUGGAGCAUCAUCUGGAUCGAUCAUAGCUGCAGCUGUGGUGUGUGGACUCAGUAUCGAUGAUGUUAAAAAGUGCUUAUAUGGAGCUGCAAGAGAUGCCCGGAGAACCAUUCUUGGUCCUUUUGCCCCUGGUUGCAGCAUUCUUCGGAUCCUGCAAAGAAGGCUGCACCAAAUUCUGCCAGAGAACUCACACCGGAUGGCUACAGGGAGGCUUUAUAUUUCUCUCACACGUUUAAUGGAUGGGAAGAAUGUUGUGGUUUCAGAGUACAAUUCCAAGGAGGAGCUUAUUCAGGCAAUGAUUUGCAGUUGCUUUGUCCCAAUUUAUGCUGGAUUCAUCCCUCCCUCCUUCCGAGGUGUGCGUUAUGUUGAUGGUGGCUUUACUAACUUACAACCUCGUUCUGACCUGGAGACUGCCAUUACAGUGUCUCCAUUUACAGGAGAGAUUGAUAUCUGUCCUCGAGACUGCCCAGCCAUUUUCUACAGUUUGCAUAUUGUGCAUGGCAGCAUUCAGGUCUCCAUAGAGAACUUGUGCAGGAUUGGCUAUGCUCUCUUCCCACCCAGCUACCGGGUUUUGAAUGAAUUUUAUUCACAAGGGUAUCGAGAUGCCAUUUUCUUCUUGCACAGAAACAAUAUUUUUGACCAUGGUUGUCUUGCCAAGACAGUGACAUUUGAAUUUGUAGGUGUGUUCAGCAAAAAUGAUUUGUUCCAUGAUGGGGAUAGGACUUCCUGCCAAAAACCAGGAAUGGGAGUCCUCAACGCAGCCAAUGGGACAUCUUUAAAAAACUUCUUAAGGCAUUCUGUAAUCAGCAGGCUACACAGAAUUUUCACCAGAGUAUUGCAACACCUACCCCAACGCUGUCGAAAAGCUUCUGCUGUGCUGAACUUGCAGAAAAAGUCUGGAUUGUUAAGCUCAGUAGCUGGAUUCAUGCUGCAUCAUUUGACAAGUCCAACACGAGUUGCAUGGUCUUUCUAUAAAAGACUAGAACAUCUGUGGAAGUUUUGGAAGAGAUAAUCUGGUUUGGAAGACAAUUCAGAAGCCCCCCAAAAGGAUUCUUCGUCUAAUGCAACCAGGGCAAACUGUUAAGAAAUCAAUAUGGUUUUAAUCUAAAACCUUAAAAAAAAUAAAGAAUCGAAGGAACUGAAACUCCUGCAAAGAGCAUUCAGCCAUUCUAUCUUUAUGAAUGAAAGAUGCAUUGCUUGUCAAAAUUCUAUUGUCAGGUUUCCUCUUUUCUUCUCCCCAAAUUAUUAAAGUCCAUAAAUUGUGUCUAACAUCACAACUGUGUGGCCACAAAUGGCCUCAAAGUCAAGAGUCAAGAGCAAUUUCUACCCUCAUUACUGGCUUUAAAUAAUUCAUUAUCUGAAAAGUAAAUAUGAAGACAAACAGAAAUAUAUGUAUUUGUUUCUACAGUCAACUGCUUCAAACAUGUACAUGGGAAUACAAAGUCUAAUGAUACUGCCAUUGCUUCAAAGACCAAAUGGUAUUCAAAGUCACUGUUGUCAUGAUUGGACAAUUUAUUUUCAAGGUGCAGAUCUGUGGUCUCCUGUUUACCAGAUGCAGUUUUGGACUAUGGAUCAGUUCAGAUAAUUUAGCAAGUGAGCAGGUAGCAACUGGACAACUCUACAGCUGGGAGGAGACAAUGCAAGAAGGUUAUACUUCCAUUUGACAUCAAUUGGAUUUCAGCCUAUGAAGUCACAAUACAUGUUUUAUGUAUAGGAAAUGUCAGUUAAACCUUUAAACUAUUUCUUGUUCAAUACUUGGAGAGUUGUCAAAGUCUGAUUUUCUCCUCUUUUAUACAGAAUGGUAAUGAAGUGAUAAGUAUCCCUUCCUCAGCAAUUCCUCAGCAAAUAAUAGAAGAUCUUUUGCCAGGAUGUUCCACUGACAAUUCUAUCCAUGAGGUUUACUCUGCUAGCACAUGUGUAUUUUGAAGGCUAUUACGUUAAUAUCUUAUAAAAUAUACCAUAUAUACAUUUAAUAGAUACAUUUGUGUCUUAAAUUUUAUAUCGGGAUACAAUCCUGUGCAGUUUACUUUGGAGCGAGCCACAUUGGAUUUGGAUUUGGGAAAGCAGGCUGAACCCACUUGUGGGAGCAGCUUUUCACAUUUCAUUUAAAUUGAUCAAACAGUGUGCUUGUAAAUAUUUUUUCAAGAUGCUCCAAUUUGAAACUGGGCCUAUGUUUCUACCCAAAAACUUUGCCCUAUUUGUAGAUUUUUUUAAUGAUAGAUUCUGAUGUAACUCCUGGUUUUGCCAACCUCAAUCAGUGGUUGAUACCGGAUGAGACACUCCCUCCUGGGCACACAGAAGACUGGAUGACUUGGAAGGCGCUGAACAGACUGUGCUCUGCGACCACGAGUUGCAGAUCCAAUCUUAAGAAAUGGGGCCAUAAAGUGGAGUCAAUGACAUGCAAGUGUGGAGAAAAGCAAACCACAGGCCACUUGCUACUAUGCAGUCUGGGCCCUACCACAUGAACAAUGGCGGAUCUUCUCACAGUGACUCCAGAAGCAAUUGAAAUGGGCAGCUUGUGGUCAAAGGAAAUUUAGCAUAAUGCCAAGUUUUAAAUUUUGUUUGUGGUUUUUUUAACACAUUACAGCUGUAUUCUCAAUUUGCUUCUGACACGAUAAAUAAACAGUCAGAUUUCAAAUUGUUA